ACAGCUACACAGCUGCACGGCUCAGCAAACUAGAGUCAUCACUCUCGUGGCUGGAGUCUGAGUCUGCGUCUGCGUCUGCGACCGAGACAUGACAUUGUUUGUGCGACUACAUUCUGUUUUUAGUUCCGGUUCGUGUCAAUUUUACAACGGUUUUGAGCAGUUUUAUCCGUGUUAGAAUGUCAAUUUCAGAAAGUGAUAGCAAACUCUGUUGAUUUCUGCUGGACAUAGCCGUCGUUUAUUCUACUUGCCAGUCUGAUUCUGAGGCGUCCGUAUGGCGUUUGGAAUCGCUUGGAACUUAUCUUCGGUCUGCGAUGUACUUCUCAUCGUUGUAUUUGUCGUGGCAACCGCCUCCAAUUCUCUGGUCCUUCUAGUAUUCUAUCGCAAGCCUGGCCUUCGAACUCUUUCUAACAGGUUCGUAAUCAACCUGCUGGUGACGAACUUGCUGUCCUGCUGGCUGCUGCUGCCGCUGGUGCUGGUGGACUCCAUGCUGAUGCCGAGCUUCCAUAGCCUCUGCGCAGUCAGCCAGGGAGUCAGCACCGGUCUCAGUGCUGCUUCCGUCAUGUCUGUGCUGCUCAUCGCUAUCGACCAGUACUACGCCGUCAUAGAUCCUCUCCACUAUCACUCUCACAUCGACAACACCCGCUGUGGAUUCAUGAUCUCCGUCUCCUGGUUCUUUAGCUGCCUCUGGGCCGUGGCUGGCGGUCUCUUCUAUAACUCUCCAAAUAUCAUAUGGACGUCAUGUGACCGAGAUCGUCAAUCGGCGUUUACUCCGCUCAUUCCAAUAAUCACGGAACCAUCCAUAUCUGUAUUUUCUGUCAUUUACUCAGUUCUUACCUUCGUUUUACCAUUUUCGGCCAUUUGCUGGAUGUACCUUUCCAUCUACUUCGCCGCCCACGAGAACAGCCAAAGGACCCGCAGGAAUGGAUCCAGUACGGGGUUCUACACGAGCAACGCGGUAGCAUCCACGCCUCCAGUCUCCUACGCCGUAGUGCCGGUGUCAGGGCAGCAAUCUGCGGAUCCAGAAGAUACUUCCGAGUCGCCCAGGCUCUCAGUCAAGUCGGUGGACGGCGCAGAUCCAACUGUUUUCGUCAAACCUUCGAUGACUAGAUCUCCAACAAGAUCGAGCCUCAGAAGUACCUCCAGUUUCAUUAUGAACUCACUAAGAUGCCGAAUCUCCAACGCCAGUAUGUUCAAGUACCGCGAAGAGACCAGAGCCGCCAGGAUAUCAGCGCUAGUGAUAGUGAUGGGUCUUGUAUGUUGGUCUCCGUUCUCACUCGUCGUACUGUUCACUUCUCCGUUGGUCGGCAUCCACGUACCUCACUCCGUUGCCAAGUUAAGCCUAACACUACUGGUAAUCGCGUCCGUAGUUUCGCCGCUGCUGUUCGCCCAUAGGAACCGCAGGAUACAGAGGGAUAUCAGGAAGCUGUUUGGUAUCACAAGACGAUCUACUGCCAUGUGCCCGCCUGGAGACCGGCAGAGAGCACAAAGCCAGAGGCCGCGAGGGCUUCCCGCCGACUACAGCCACACUGCUCUAGAUCUACUCGCCGAGGGCGGAGACGAGAACAACUCACAAGUCAAGACAGGUUCUUUUUUAAGCCGGGUCUGGUGGGAGGGAGGUGUUCAGAUAGUGACUAAGUUCGAUAAAGUGUCAGGCAAGUCGUUGAUCUGUGUGCCGGAGGUUGCCUUGGACGUGGACCACAGUCGAAGCUCGUUCUCGAGUGGUGGUAGUGCGUCGACGCAGCGCUCCACGUCUGCUGCAUCUAUCUCUAGCUAUACUGCUGACGAGUGCUGACUACUGACUGAAUGCCAAGUGCUAUCUGCAUCGCCUACACCAAAGGGCUUUCACAAAGGAGACCGGUGCCUUAAAUACUACCAAAUGUUUAGUGCUGAAUUGUAGACUCGAUUAAUCUAAUUUAGAUAAGACUAGUAUUUAUUAUGCAUAUUGUUGAGUCAUUAUAUUUAGGAUUACUUUUUAUACUCACUGAUAUUUUUAGGAGUGGAUGCGAUUUUCUGAAGAAAAUAAAUUUCGCUCUUCGUACAUUUAUUUGUCGAAUAUCUAAUCGGUUUCUUCCUAGUAAACGAGUUCGUUUUCAAAUAUGUAUAAUUCUAUCGCACCUAUAACUUUAUUUAUUUUACCGAUCGACUCUAUUUUAUUUAUUCACUUCAUUAACUAUACAUUUCAUUUAACGAACUCGUAUUUUGAAGAGAUCGAAGAGACAGCGUCAUCUACUUACGACCCAGUCCCCACCAUUGAACUAGUGAGUUUCGAACGUUACCUAGUAUUAUUAUAGUAUUCGUUCUCUAUGUCAUUGUAAAUAUACUUUAGGUGCUUCGGUUCUAUAUCGAUAUAGAUGUAAAUGUGUUUGUAUAUACUGUAUGAAGUAAGUAGUGCUAAAGUGAGUAGCGAGUCGCCAUCACGCUACUUUGGUGCCAUCCUUAGUCAAGUAUUGCAUAAUGAGAAUCUCGAGUAGAUCUGGCCAAAUGUGAUGUAUCUAGAUUGUACUGCAUUUCACAGUACUGACCGGCUGACGCGGGAUAUGAUCUCUUAAAGUAUGACUAUUUAACCAAAAACUAUGUUAAGAAAAUAGACGAUUUCCUGUAACGUUUAGUCAGAAUCUGUUUCCUAUGUUAAUGCCUAUUUCAUUUGCAGUAUUAAAAUUUACUGUUUUGUUACUUGCAUUUUAGAGCAUUUUAUUAUUUAUUUCGUUGGUAAGUAGCCGUUUGAGUUUCAUGCCGUUACUUAACUAAGUUCCAUGUAUUUAUGUAAUUUUAUAUGUCAAAUUGAUGUAUUGAAUAAACCAAGCUAUCUUGUGUUAUUA